CCCUGCGGCACCGCCUCACCGCCUCCAGCCCCUUCACCGUGAUGUCCUUGGCAUCGCCCAGGCCCAGCCCGACCAGGUACAGCAUGUUCGGGGGGCCGGGCAGCCGCCACCUGCCACGGGAGGCAAAGAGAACAGGGAUCAGCCGCGGCACUCCAUGGCCCGUCGUGACCCGGCCCCAUGGGCAGGGGGACGGCCCAGCUCCCACCUCCUCGUAUCCCGCCUCCCACCUCCGCGCUCCCGGCCCCCACCUCCGCACUCCACUCCCACCUCCUCGUGUCCCGGCCGCCCCUCCGCGCUCCCGCCUCCCGCCCGGCUCCCGGCUGUCCGCGGCGCGGGCGCAGGGGCCGCCGGGAGCUGUAGUUCCGGCCAUGGCGGCGGCAGGCAGGCCCAGGCCAGGCGCCGGCCCCACAGUGCCGCUCGCCAGCGGCCGCAGCAUCCCGGUGCUGGGGCUCGGUACUUCCCACCACGGUGGCUAUUCCCACAAUGCAGUGGUCCACGCAUUACAAAAAUGUGGCAUUCGUCACAUUGACACAGCAAAAAGAUACGGCUGUGAAUCUCUCCUCCAAAAGGCCAUCAAAGAGAGUGACGUGAAGCGAGAGGAUCUCUGGAUAACUACCAAACUCUGGCACAGUGAUUACGGCUAUGAAAACACAAAAAAGGCCUACUUGGAGUCGUGUGAAAGACUUGGCAUUGAAUAUCUUGAUCUGUAUUUAAUGCACUGGCCUGAUGCAUAUGUUCUGGGUAAAAGCAAUCGAGAGGUCCGAGCUGAAACCUGGAGAGCAAUGGAAGAACUCUAUGAGAAAGGUUUGUGUAAAUCAAUUGGCGUAAGCAACUUUCUUAUCAGCCAUCUUGAGCAACUAAAGGAAGACUGUGUCAUUACUCCACAUGUUAAUCAGGUUGAAUACCACCCUUUCCAAAGACCUCAGGAGCUGGUUGAUUAUUGUAAGAGCAGAGAUAUUGUCUUUGAAGGCUACUGUCCUUUGGCCAAAGGGGAAGCACUAACUCAUCCUACUAUCAUUCAGAUGGCAAAGAAGUAUGGCAGAACUCCAGCACAGAUUUGCAUACGCUGGAGUAUACAGAAUGGGAUUGUCACUAUUCCAAAGUCAACAAAAGCGGAAAGGAUAGAGGAAAACUGCAAGGUGUUUGAUUUUACAAUAGCAGAAGACGAUGUUGGAAUUCUGAAUGGAAUGCAUGAUGGGAGACAUGUUUCCUGGGAUCCAAGCCUUAUUGAGUGAACGAAGGUGUGAUGAGCAGUUUUGCACAUUGUGCCUCACUAAGAGCCAUUGUUUUCUGCUAGAAGCUAUUAAUUGCCCUAGGAGACUGGAACCCUGUUAUCUCCUGUGUCCUUGAGAUAAGUCACUGGAGCCUCUUCCUUUGAAUACGGUUUUUGACUUUAAUCUGAGGAAAGAAGAUAAGGAAUUUUUGAACACUAUGAAUAUCAACAGAAAAUUAAUUCAUCUAACCUAUCCCCUGUGAAAACUAUAAUUUAAAACCAGAUUGUUCUGGAUUGCAAAAGUGAUGCAACUGAAGCAUUAAUUCAUUUUAAACUGAAAAAUAAAUCCGAAUUGUUCUCUUAGAUAUUCAGAGAAUACCUAAGAAUUAUCACUCAAGAAUCAGUAUCAAUGGUUUGUAUUUACUGUUAUGUUAACAAAUUAAUAAAAUAAUUUAAUUUACUCUUU